CCAUGAACUGGGAAUGGACGCUGAUCAAUGUGACAGCAAUGCUGUGUUUGUUGGUGUGCUUCAUACUGACAGAUUUGACUCUUGGGUCGGACCAAAAUCUGGAAUUUACGUUUAUAUUACCUGCUGGCACCACGGAGUGUUUUUAUCAAACCACUGCAGAGAACAGCAGCAUGGAGGUGGAAUAUCAGGUGAUAGCUGGAGCCGGUCUGAAUGUUGGUUUUAUCCUCAUCUCACCCAGCGGACAUCAGCUGGCCUCUGACUUCAGGAGGUCUGACGGCAUCCACAUGGUGAAUCACACAGAGGACGGAGACUACCGGCUGUGUUUUGAUAACAGCUACAGCACACUGUCGGAGAAGAUAGUGUUCUUCAAGGUCAUCAUUAACAGGCCGAGCUGCGAGGGCGGUGGGCGAAGCGAGUGGCUGGGCGCGACCAUGACAGAGGACAUGGUGGACUACAAACUGGAAGAAAUCAGGACCAAGAUGGAUUCUGUGCACCAGCACCUGGAGAGGAGCCGUCAGGUCCAGACCUCGCUGAGGGCCUUUGAAGCUCGGGAUCGCUACCUUCUAGAGGACAACCUUUGGCGUGUGUCCUUCUGGUCCUGCUUCAACCUGUUUGUCCUGCUGACAGUCUCUGUCACUCAGAUCUACACGCUAAAACGCCUCUUUGAUGGCAGUACGACUGUGCGCACAUAGUCAGGAGCCGAUGCUCGCGGGUGUGUGCCGGAGUGCAGCAGCAUCUUCAAAGCUGGAUUUAAAGACAGUUUCAUACUUGAAAGAUAAAUCAGUUUAUUACCAUCGACAGCAAAGUUUAUGAUCGCAGCCAAAAAGUACAAACUAUGUCUAUGAUAAUAUCAAUUCCAGCCACAUUUUCCACACAAGCAGUGGUGGCCGUAGUGGCCACCAGACCUAGAAUUUAGGAAAUGAUAAACUUACUUCAGGCUAGUACAUGUACAGUAACUUUAAAAUUACACACACACUGAGAGCAGAGGCGGCAACAUGCUGUCAUCUGAGAGGCCAUAAGUUAAUGUGAAUGCAGUUCCAGAGAGUUGAUGUUUUGUGAAUUACAUACAACUGAAUGCAUGUUUUAUACUGUAUAUGAAAAGUAACAUGGUAAUCUAAAUCUGAAAUUAAAUUUCAAUACAAUACAUGCACUACUGUUCAACCUGCUGAAUUGCAAUUUAUUGAUUUGGGCUUUCCUACAGGGUUCUGUGGAUUUACGUUUGUUUCUCUGUCGUGGUCAGUUUUCCAGAACAAAUGUUCUCUCUCUCUCUCUCUCUCAGGGCCCAAUCAUUGUGUACCUCGCUUGACCAUCUUCCUUUUGUUUGCUGCUACAUUCAUACAAAAUCCUUUCUGCCUUCUUGUGUGGAGAUAUGGCCAUGUUAUUUGAGUUAUUAAUCAUUGAUAUACAAUCAAAAUAACAGUUUGUUUUUCUGAUGCUAACACUCUCUUACAGACAAUAUUCACUGUGUACCUUGCUCAACCAUCUGCCUUGGUUAAUGAUUUCUCACGCUGCUAAUAGAAAAACGCUUUCUGCUAUCCCUCGUGUAUAAGACUGUUUUAUUUGAAUUUUAAAAUAUGACUGAAGGAAAAUAACAGUUUACUUCUGAGUGAGCACAUUAUUUGACCAGCUGCCUGCAACUGCUCCAUCUAAAAGGUGGCAGAUGUGUUUAUGGAA